AUGCGUGACAAAUUACCGAAAUGUAACAGCGGUGGCGAACGGGGAACAAUCGCUUUAUGUCAAGAUGAACUCGAAGACGGUAUACUGGACAUAUUGGAGGGCAUUGAAUAUGGCCUAGCAGUUUCUGAACAAAUAGAUGAAAAGCAAUUAGUUAAGAUCAGCAUAGAUGAAGCUAUUAUAUUUCGAUCAACAUUUCAGAUUCUGCAUCGAGCUGCAGACCUGUUCUCGAAGGAUUCUAUUCUUCUCGAGAUUCCACUCACUUCGAGUUUGAUUAUUGUCGGAAAUUUAGACGGACAACUAAGUGACCUAUUGGUCGUUCUGAGAACAAAUGGCUUACCACCUAAGACAGACUAUCUAUUUCUUGGUGGAUAUCUCGAUCGUGAAAAUCAGUCUCGUUAUCAAAUUGAGAUUCUCUUACUUUUGUUGCUGAUGAAAUUACGUUGGCCAUCACACAUAUACUUGCUAAGAGGAUGUCAAGAGAUUUUCGAUUGCAAUUAUGAAUGUGGAUUCAUAAAAUUGUGCAACGAUACCUAUGGAAACAAUAGCACUUAUUCGUUAUUCAGUGAGACUUUUGAUGUUAUGCCUAUUGCUGCAAUUAUUGCUGAUUCCUUGCUAUGUUGCCAUGGUGGCUUAUCACAGUGGAUGACAUCUCGUGAUAAUAUACGACAAAUCCCACGACCGACCUAUCGCGAUCGUAUGAAAAUGCUCGACAGAUGUCUAAUGACCGAUAUUCUUUGGUCCACACCGUCCAAAUUUCAGCGAUUGUACGCGAAUUUUGUCUCUAAUUUAAAGUUUAUUGCCAUCAAACAGAAAUACAGCGAAUAA